AUGAUAGGCGCUUCACAUAAACCUUUUACAUUUAAUUAUAAGCACUUUUUAGUAGACGAAAUUGCAUUAGACGGUCUGAGUGGUAUAGGGAUAGAAUUAUUAUGGAGGCGCAUGGAAAAACGUAUAGGUUCUACAAUAACAGAAAAAAUGAAAAUAAAGUAUUUUAAAUUUAUAGCAGAAUCUGAAUCAAUUUUAUUUUAUCAAGUCAGUGAGCCACCACCAGUUAUAGAUAUCGUAGAUAGAUUUACAAUAAUUGAUGAAAGUACGGGGCAUUUGUUAGAUCCGCCGGAUUACUUAGAUGGACCUUAUGAGUAUAAUCCUGUGGAAAAUGAGUAUGGCUCAUGUCCAAAUUAUGACUCCAGACUGCUAAUACCAAAGAAUGCCAUACAGUUGAUGUCCUAUGAAGAAGUUGUAUCUUAUUAUGGUGACAAAUUGGUUUUAGUUGCUUCUCUUGAGGAAAGAUGGCAGGCUUUAGCAUCACAUUUACCUAUAAGUUAUUUGAACCAAUUGACUCCAACUCAUUACUGCAUAUUAGAACUUGUAGGGAAAGGGAGAGAAAAUGGUCAAAUGACAAUAGGCAAAACAAAUUUAAAUGACAUAGUUAAAGAACCAAAACUGUUGUUUUACAAUAGAAAUGUGCUACAAAAGCUUGAUUUAUUGAAAACUCAAUAUUCAACUCAAGUAACAGGUGGCAGAGCUAUGAAGAGUAUACUCCUGCGAUUAAAAAGGUUUCAUCAGCCAAUAUUAGAAUCUCUACCUAAAACAGGCAGUAUACAUAAAAUGGUCCAAUACCUUUUAACACAACCAGAACGUUCAGAACAGAAUGAAAUUAUGAUAAAGAAAGGAUAUAUGACUCCUCUGCAGAGUAAACGGCUUCAAAAGGGAAUAAACAUUUUUCGUUUUGAAGAUAGAGAAGUAAAAUUAGAAAGGACUUUGAAAAAUGAAAAGCAGAAAAUUAUUGUUAAGAAAAAAUUUAUUUCACUUACAUCACAAAGUGAUGAAUCAUCUCAGUCUGAUGAAGAACAAAUUGAACCGUUAAAAUGUCAAUACAAAGUUGGAGUGAACUUAAUGAGACAAGCUUAUGAGAUGUUUUUGAAAGCAGGCCUGAAAGGUUUGACACAAAUUCAAAUAGCACAACUUUUGGGUGUUGAGUUUUAUACAAGCAGAACAAUUUGCAGAAUUCUGAAAAGUAGAAAGAUUGUAAGAGAAUUUUUGGAAGACAAAGGCAGGCAGAGAACAGCUAGGUAUAUAGCAAUUGCUGCAACAAAAGAAAUGGAUAAGGAGUAUGAGCAUGAAAAAGAUAAACUUUUAGAAUAUGUGAAUAAUACAAAUAAGAAUACAGAUACAACACACGCUACUGAAAAUGCUAAUGACACUGAAUAUGAAACACCAUGUAAGAAGAUUAAGUUAGAAAAUGAACACAAUGAGGAACAAAAAGAAACAGAUAAUGUUAAAGAUGCUAUUACUGAAAUAAAAGUAAUAGAAGGCUUUGAAAAUGUUACAUGUUCAUUACUCAAUGCAAAAAAAACUCCAACAUUACGACAGUUGAAAUUCGCAAAUGGAAUUUUAAAAGUAAUUCACAAACUGAAAUAUGUUAUAGGUUUCCAAACUUUAAGUACAUUAGUUUCAAAGGAAAUAAAUGAACCACCAAUGGAUACAAAAUCGCUUAAGUUAUUCGUUCAAAAGCUUAUGAUAGAUGGACAGCUAAAAAUCUUAAAACUAAAAAGGCCCAAAAAUUAUAUUAAAUUCACAUUCUUUAUCUGUGCUCCCGAUGUUAAAGCAACAGAUCCUAUAAUUAAAAAUAAAUACAAUGAAAUCUGUGCUAGAUCACAACUAUAUACAAAAUCAAAAAAAAAACUCACUUCAGGUACUAUGAGAUCAUGCUCACAGUUCAUAUAUCCAAGGUAUAUGAAAAUUCAAAAACUACACGAAUUCAUCAUGCAAUUGAUAUAUUUUUCUGAUUAUGAUAAUGACUGUUCGUAUCCAGGCUUCGGGUCUCUCUUUUACAUUAUACCUGAGAUGACAAUAGAAUUUGCUUUAGGCAAUAUAAGUAAUAUCGAAAUAUCAGACUUAGCUCAGUUGAAAUGUAAUGAAAACUUGUUUAAUGUUAAAAUACGGGACGCGCCAGAUUCAUUAGGAAGAAUUCUACUUCAAUGUAAAAGCUUGCAUAAUUCUAUUCGAGUGGGAUUAAAAGUUUUGGCUGUUCUGGGACUUGUACAAUUAAUAAAUCAGCCAUCUAACAUAAUCACUAAAGAUGGCGGUCUUGUCACUUACGUGUUUUAUGUCAAUCGUAGAGCAACGAUAAUAGACACGUCAGGGAAAUGGCCACGAGACGAAGCCGAUAUAAGUUCGUUAGAGAAAUCAUUCACCUUUAAUACAAUGCAAAAUGUUUACGAUUAUUGGAACGAAGUUACUACUAUCAGUCUAAAUACAACUAUCAUUAUGGGGAAACGAGAACGAUAUAGACUAGUCCAUCCAAUGCGAACUGAGAACACUGUAGCGGAAUUCGAUAAUGGAAAAAGGUAUGGGGAUGGUUCCGGACCAUGCGGUUUUGAUUCUAGCAUAUUCAUGGAUAUUGCUCGUUUGUGGCGUACUUACAUAUUUAGAAAUCCCAAUGUUCCACCGAAGGUUAUAGCCAAACCAAAAGUAAAAUUAUUGAAGAAGAAAAAACCUAAAGUCAGUAAAACUACAAGAAAGAGGAAAGAGAAAGGGAAAAUAAUAAAAACUGAAAUAACUCGAAGAAUCAGAAAAAAGCCGACAGAUCCACCAAUAAGAUGGUCUGAGUUUGACGAUAAAAUAAUUAUGUUGUGCAAAGUUGCAAUUACUAUUAUGAGUCCAGUAACUCAACCGGGUUGCUUGAAAAUUAGAAAUACUGUCGCAAGAGAUCUGUUAACUCUGUUUGAUCCUAAAAAAACUGCAACUAGUUGUCAUAAACGAGCACUAACUCUGGAAACAAAAUCGUCAUUGGUACACGAGAAAAUGUGCAUUUUAAACGAAUUAAGACGACGUAGGGAUAUAAUCAAAAACUAUGAAGGACUUCUAAAAGUGCUAAGACUUCGUUAUCAAACGAAUAUAACGAAAUACAUGAAUGAAGCCAGAUUACCAAUGCUUGAGUUGAUUUGGAUUAUAUCACAAAUAGAGAAAAUUAAAUCGUACACACAAAGAACUCCUUGUAUUGCAAUGAAUCUUGAUGAGUUCAACGCAUUCUAUGCUAUAACUCCUUCGUCAGCAAACCGAGCUUUUAACAUAUACCAAACAUCUUCAAUAUCCCAACCAGAUUUUGCUACUUUAAAAGAAGGUAUUCUUCUAACUAUAAUGCUGUCUUUAAAAGAACACAUAACUUCAGAUACAGCGAAAAAAAUACACGCGACGUUUAAAGGAUACCCUGAACUAACCCUUAGAAGUGCAAUUGAACAUCUACGAAAAAGUGGCGCUAUCGCUGCAAGAGAUAAAGUUAUGAACAAUCGCAGCAAUAAAGGGAAUUGUGAAGAUAUAGUCCAUUCUUCUUACAAAAUUUCAGCAACGUACCGAAGAAAAUGGGUGCAAAGGUUAGAUUCAGAAUUUGGGGAAAACUUAGAAGAAAUCUUAGAUACGGAACUAUCUAGGAACGGCCUCAAAGGGUCCGCUGAAAUCAACUGUCUGUUAUUUGAAAUGUGCAGCUCUGAUGUUCUAGAAAUCUUUUCCGAUACAAUACCCCAUGUAACAGGAUUCGCUGGUUCGAUAGUGCAAGAAGAACAAAUGAAUGUUAUCGACAUGGAAAAUAAAUUUAAAUUAAAAUCAGGUCUUGUGGGAUGGAAGAGCAAAUCUAAUGUGAAAACAUUUUCAAAAGUAUACGAAAACUCUGAUUAUGAAAAUAUCCUUCAGCAAUUAACAAAGUAUUCAGUGAUAACAGCUUUUCAUAACGAAGAUAUAGACAUCAGCGACGAAAUAGUUCGCUAUUUAGUAGACAAAGCAGGUGAAGGUGCCACUUUUCAAGAUUUACUGGACUGUUCUUCCUUAGACCGAAAAUGCCUAUACGACAGACUUAAAGAAAUGGAAGAAAAAGAUGUGAUCAAACGCGUUGGUAUGUUCAACAACAAAGUUGUUUUGAAGAAAUUUGCCCAAUCAUACUUUUUAAGUGUGAAGCCUGACCUGCACUUUAUACCAACUCCAUGGCUUAAUUUAGACGCAGAGAUUCAAAUAGAUCUAUUCUUUAAAUGGGCCACCGUGAUCAUGAACAAGGUUUUUGAAUUGCCAGGAUGCUCUAUCACAUUUUUAAGCAAUAUCUUCGAAUGUAUUUCGACUAGAAGUGUGCAAGAUGUUUGUACCUUUUUAGAAAAAACCGAAUGUGUCAGUCUUCGGAAUAUACAAAAGAGCGAAAUAGAUUUGUUUUCUGAUGACGACGAUGUCGUAGAAUUUUAUGAUUUUAAUCCGUUUGACUCGCCCGAAUGCAUUUUAGUAUUUCCUGUAAAAAAUUGUAUCACUAAAUUUAUUUAUAUAAGGAAAUUUUUGACGUCUACUUUUGAUGUGACGGAU